CCCAGGUAGGUAGGUACCUUCCUGUAACUGCUGUAUCAAUCUAAAGUCAAAAGUCAAAAGUCAAAAGUGAAAACUAUACCAAUCAUGAUAUUUUAUCAUCAACAAACAGGCAGUAACAGGCAAACAAAAUGUAGCUGCUACCUACCCUUCAACUGCUAGGUUAGAUACCUAUUUAUAAGACCAUCCCCCCCACAUCUCACACAGUCCGCUCGAGAAUCUAGAUUCACACCACGAGGAGAAUACGCAAACCAUGGCGCCGCGAACAUCUAUCGAAGAGUUCAAGGAGCUCUUAAGAUCUAGCAACAGGGUCCUGGCUGUUUGCGGCGCCGGUCUAUCAGCAGCCUCUGGACUCCCAACCUUUCGUGGUGCUGGCGGUCUAUGGCGCAAUCACGAGUCCACUUCCCUCGCCACCCCAACGGCCUUCAAGAAAGACCCUGCCCUUGUUUGGCUAUUCUAUGCAUGGCGCAAACACAUGGCUCUAAAGGCUAAUCCCAAUCGUGGCCACUAUGCUCUUGCCGAGUUGGCCAAGAAGAAGGACAACUUCCUGUGCUUGACUCAGAACGUUGAUGGUUUGUCGCCACGCGCUGGACAUCCUGAGUCUAAGCUUCGACUCCUUCAUGGGAGCAUACUUGAUAACAAAUGCUUCAACGACGAUUGCGAUUACAUCGACCGGAAUAACCUGAGCGAUCCCGUGUGCCCUGCUCUCGCUCCUGCCGCCGAGGACUACCCGCCUGGCCAAACUCUUCCUUUACUCGACCCUAACGUUCCCGCGCCGCCCAUCAAGGUCGAGGAUCUCCCGCAUUGUCCGAAGUGCAAGACGGGCCUGCUCCGGCCCGGCGUCGUUUGGUUUGAAGAACCUCUCGACGAGCAGAUGCUAACAGAUAUUGACAACUGGAUAUGGCAAGGACGUAUAGAUAUUGUGCUCGUGAUUGGAACCGCAGCUGUUGUUUAUCCUGCUGCAGCCUAUGCGAGCGAUGCCGUAGAACAGGGAGCUAUUAUCGCGGUGGUGAAUCCCGACCCUGACUCAGCAGAAAGCCUAUUGGAGGAAGAUUUCUUCUUUCAAGGAGACGCUUCCGAACUCUUACCGAAACUCUUUGAGGGUGUUAUUGGGAAGAUAGAUGAGAACGGGAAGGUCCUGUGAAUCCACCAGAUAUGAGAUGUUAUUUUUCUAUGAUACCCCGUUUAUAUUACGAUGAGUACGGCGCGAACAAUAUAUGGAGCGCUUGGCUGAUAGAGUCAAAAGUUUAGUCGUUAUUAAAAUAUCACUCUAUCCUAGGAGAGAAAGUAUCGAAACCAACAGAAGUGCUAUUCUCAU